AUGGCGCUCUCCACCACCAUCUACAACACCGUCUUCAAGCGGAACUCGAUCUUCGUCGGGACCGUCUUCUUUGGUGCCUUUGCUUUCGGUAUCGGAUACGACACGGCCACCACCGCCUGGUGGGACAACCACAACCGCGGGAAACAAUGGCACGACAUUCGUGACAAAUUCGUCGAGAAGUCAUGAGGCCCAUGAAAGGAACCAAUGCAGAUAUAUGCAAAGCCAAGCGACGAGUCGCUUUACAGGUUGGAUGCAUGUAUGGU